AUGCGUCUUAAUAAUGGUAGGCUGAAAGUUUCGGCUCUACAUAAGUUUUAUCAGUGGCUCUUUGACCAGUUUGAUUCGAUCAUCCACCGCGGCAACGGCUUUUUCGACAAUGCGCCGUUUGUGGCGCGUUACCGGUGCUAUCCGGUGUCGUUUUUAGGGAAGGAGGCGAUGGAGCGCGGCAACAAGAUAUCGAUGCCUCCGAGCGCGUUGAACGAGCUCGCUUCUCGCAACAUCACCUGGCCCAUGAUGUUCGAGUUGCGCAACGACAUCAAGGGACGAUCCAGCCAUGCCGGCGUGCUCGAGUUCAUCUCCGAGGAGGGAAUGUGCCAUAUUCCAUACUGGAUGAUGCAAAACCUCGGACUGGAGGAGGGCGAUUUUCUGACCAUACGUAACGUUCGCCUUCCGAAGGCGGAGUGGGUGAAGUUCCGCCCGCGCAACGACAACUACUGGGAGAUUUCCAACCCCAAGGCUGUGCUUGAGACAGCACUUCGCAACUUCACGACCCUAACUGUUGGCGACCAGAUCCCCAUUCACUAUCUCACCAACGUCUACGAGCUAGAGGUCAUGGAACUGCGUCCCAGCGACGCGUGUUGCAUUAUAGAAACCGACAUGGAGGUAGAGUUCGCCGAGAGCCGGAAGAAAAAGAGGACCGAGCAAAAGCAAGUGAUUUCGGGCAAGCGCCUCGACGGAAAGGCUAGCGUGGUGCGCGAAGACGAGACGGUCGUCGCCAAGCCGUGGCUCAACAAGCUGAAGCACGGCGUCAGGACUUCGUGUGAAGAGUUCGAGAGGCUCCUUCGUCUAGGCAGAGUGGCCUCCUGCGCGCCUAGGCGCUAA